GAAAUGUGUGAAGUGCGCAGAAGGCCUGCCGGUGGUGGUGAUACGAGCGGGAGAUGCCUUCUGCAGGGAUUCCGUGACAGGAGAAUUACUUCAGAUUCGAGGCCAGCUUGGGCUACAGAGAGACCCUGUCAAACAGAAUCCCACAAAUUUCCUUGAUGGGCCUAGUGGUAGGAAGAUCUCUGGGGAAGAGUAUGGAGUGCCCAGACUCGAGGGAAAGGGAUUGUUUCAAGGCGUUCUAUGUCCACAAGUUCAGAGCCAUGCUUGGGAAGAACCGACUCAUCUUUCCUGGAGAGAAGGUGCUGUUGGCAUGGUCUGGAGGGCCUUCGUCCAGCUCCAUGGUCUGGCAAGUUCUUGAGGGCCUGAGUCAGGAUUCUGCAAAACGGCUACGCUUUGCACCAGGAGUCAUCUAUGUUGACGAGGGAGCGGCCUGUGGCCAGAGCCUAAAGGACAGAGGGAAGACCUUGGCUGAGGUGAAGCUGAUCCUGCAAAACACUGGCUUCCCAUGGCAUGUGGUUGCCUUAGAGGAGGUGUUCAGCUUGCCGCCAUCAGUGCUGUGCUGUGCUUCCCAAGAGCCAGCAGGAACAGAGAAGGCCUACAAAACGGCAGUGGACAGCUUCCUGCAACAGCAUCAUGUGCUAGGGGUUGAGGGCUCUCCCAGCCCAGCUCAGGGGGAGGAUCAGCCACACCCAUCCCAUAGCCAGGAACCCCUAGGCAUGGCUGGGUCCCCCACAGCUGCUCAGACCGAGGCCCUGUCUAGGUUGUUCAACUCCAUAAAGACACUGACAACCAAAGAGGAGCUGCUGCAGACGCUGAGGACCCAUCUGAUCGUGCAUGUAGCCCGAACCCAUGGCUACUGCAAGGUGAUGACUGGGGAGAGCUGCACCCGCUUGGCCAUCAAGCUUAUGACCAACCUGGCCCUGGGGAGAGGGGCCUUCCUUGCUUGGGACACGGGCUUCUCCGAUGAGCGGCAUGGGGAUGUGGUGUUGGUGAGGCCCAUGCGGGACCACACGCUAAAGGAAGUGGCCUUCUACAACCACCUGUUUGGUGUUCCUUCAGUCUUCACCCCAGCUAUUGAGACUAAGGCUCCAGAAAAGGCUAGCAUCCACCGGCUGAUGGAGGCCUUUAUCCUGAGGUUGCAGACUAUGUUCCCCUCUACAGUCAGUACUGUGUACAGGACAAGUGAGAAGUUGGUCAAGGCUCCCCGGGAGGGCUGUGCCACUGGCCCCUCAGGCCACAACUGCCUCCUCUGCAUGUGUACACUGGACAUUGACACUGCUGACAGUGCCACGGCCUUUGGUGCUCAGUCCUCCUCACAUGUCUCCCAGAUGCUGCCUGCUGAGACUAAGAUGCCUACCCCACCCUGCUGUGGUGCAGGGGAGGGUCAGGCCCAGAGCUACCACAGGGGUGUUGGCAGGAGGGGAGAUGUCAAUGCCUGCAUCAUAGAACAGCUGUGUUAUAGCUGCCGGGUGAACAUGAAGGACCUGCCUUCCCUGGACCCAUUGCCACCUUACGUCCUGGCUGAGGCUCAGCUCCGCAGCCAGAGGGCCUGGGUCUCUCAAGAAAUCCAAGAAUAUCUGAUUACAGACAAUGAAGAAGAAGAGGAGGAGGAAAACAGAGCUGAGCCUGGGCAUACCCAGCCAUGCAAACCCAUUAAGCAGGAAGGCGAGAACACUGGGCUUGGUCUCUGACUGUCCGUUUGUAUAAAUAAAAUGUUUUUACUUAGAAAA